AUGACUCACAAUUUUGAUGUUUUGGAGUUUCUUGAAGAGUACCAGAAAUAUCCAUGUUUAUGGGAUAAAAGCUUAGACGAAUAUAGGAACAGGGUAAAAAGAGACCAUGCUGAAGAAAUGUUGCUUCAGUUUUCCAAGAUGCCAACCAUAAAGGAAUUGAGACAAAAAAUUAGAAACAUAAGGUGUACAUAUAAUCAAGAAGUUGCCAAAAUUAAGAAGUCGAUGGUAACAGGAUCUGGUUCAAGUACAGUUUAUAAACCAAAGUUAUCUUGGUUUUCAUUAGCUGACAGUUUUUUAAAAAUAAAUAAUGAUGGUGUUUAUAAACCAGAUACCAAUUUAACACUAACAUCAGAGGAACCUCAAGAAAAUUAUGAUCACUAUAAAUUAGUAGAAAAUGUGUCUAAUGCAUCUAAACUUGAUAAUUCAUUAGACAACGCAGUUGAAGCUCUAAAAUUUGCUUGUUCCAAACAAGCAACAACAGAAACUGAAUUCACACUAUUUGGAAAACAAGUUGGGCUACAGCUGGAAAAACUUCCAUUAACAGAAGCAUUAGAACUACAAAGUGAAAUUCAACAAUUACUGACAACAGCUCGCCUCGCUUCAAUGAAUGAUCCAAGUUCAUCAUCAUCAGUAGUAUCAAAUCAUAACACUUGUAUCACAACAUUAUCUAGUCAACACAAUAAUUAUUACACAAGUAUAAAUAAUCAAGAGGAAGUAAAUAAUGAACCUCAAACGAGUCAAACGUUUAAUUACACUGUAUCACAACCUCAACCACAAGAGAAUGAACCCUCAUCAUUAACAUUAUUUUAUAACAACUGGAGUUCCUAA